UUGUUCUCUUUUUUAGAAUACCAGUACGCUGGCUUACCACAGCCGGCUCAGGCACCCGGGUAUCCGCCUUUUGCCCAAUACCCAAACCCAGGCGGCGAUCAAAAUGCACAUUUUUUACAAGGCUAUGCCCUUACACAAGGCAACCCUGCUGCUGCAAUGUUUGGAGGACCGUCGUUCAGCCAAAACCCCUACCCCCAGGGUGCAACUAGUAUGCCUGUCCAACAACUAGGUGCCCAGUUAAAUGCUGCCGGCCUUGGAACUGGCUUUCCUUACGGCGAUUAUUCACAGUUUAACCCUUAUAAUGCUGGUACUAAUAGUGGCAUGCCGGCUUCGAUAAAUGAUAUGCAACAAUUCAAUCAGUUGCUCCCCAAUGCGAUCAAUCAAUCAGCGGCUCGAAAUAUUUACGAAGCUAUUGCCCAUGAGCAAAGCUUAGCUGGGUUCAAUGCGGCAGCAUUUUUACAAGAUCCCACGGGCGGCAUAGGCCGAGGCCUUGGGGGUUUUUCUGGAAAGGGAUUUGGUUUGAACCAAAGAGGUGGCAUGAACAAAUAUGAGAAUGCUGAGGGUCUUCGCGAAGACACUGUGUACGUAAGCAAACUUCCUCAAAAUAUCGACCACGAAGUGAUGAAGUCUCAAUUUGGAACAAUUGGGAAAAUAAAGGUGAACGUCAAAACUGGCAUGCCGAUGAUAUGGAUUUUUAAAGAACGAGGCGUCCCAAAAGGCGAUGCUCUCGUAACAUUCGACGAUCCUCUUUGUGUACAGAAAGCAAUUAAAUGGUUUUCUGAAAACGAGUUCCUUGGUAAAAUGAUUGAAGUACGGCAAGCUAAGAACAGUCAGCGGCCAGUCAUCAUUCCAAGUGGUGGUGGUGGUAGUAAUCAACAACACAACAACAUGAUGGCUGGCGGUAAUCCCACCGCCGUCGCUAGUCGUGGAGCCGGUUUGAACCCAACAGCUGUGGGAGCCGGAAGUAGUUCCGUCCCACUGAUGAACAAUAACCCUACUGUAACAGCAACAAUGGGUGCGUUCGGUGGGGCUGUUGGCCCAGACCGGUCGGCUGGAGCAGAAAUGUACGGAGGGCAGUUUGAUCCACGUGGAGACGGUCCCAUGCCACCACAAGGUGCGCCUCGUGGUGGAAGUGGCAGACCUCUUAUGCGAGGCGGUGGUGGCCCGGGAGUCAACAGGACCGGCGAAUGGCGUUGUACGUCGUGCGGACGGCCGAGUUUUGCGGGUCGUGACCAAUGCAAACACUGUGGCGCGCCACAUCCGGACGACGGUAUGGUGAUGAUGACUGGGCCUCCUCAACGUGGUCCUCCUUUUCCACCACACCAGCACCCCGGAGUUACAGCGGCCAACGGCGGGCCAAUGAUGGGCCCUGGUGGGCCACCACCAUUACCGCAUCAUCGUGGAGGUCCAAUGAUGCCACCGCCGCCGGGUGUCAGAGGUGGCGCACCUCCCCCACUAAAUGGAGGUCGUGGUGGUGGAAUGUCUAUGCGUGGCGGAAGGGGUGGUGGACCCAUGCGUGGCAGUGCUGUGAAUGCAGGCCGUAGCAUGCGUACCACUCCAUAUUAA